AUGAAGGAACGGCCCUGCACACGUUGUAUAAAGCGAAACAUCGGUCAUCUGUGUCAUGACGAGCCGAGGGAAACUGCGAAACGGGGACGUAGUGAACAGGAACAUUCCGCCGCAGACGACGAGGGCUCGUCUAACAAUGAACUGGGCACCGUUCAAAGCAUGCCUAGGAGUGUCGACGUCCCCGAUGCUGCUGGUCAGCAAUCAUUCCCUGAUACCACGAUCGGAAUUGCACCCUCAGCUGUGAACCCGCCUUCAACAGUGCCGCCUGCCAAUCUCUCUGCAUCUAGUCAGGGCCUCGAGGCUAACUCUCACCUCAUGCAAUACAACGACUGGGUAGGUGGUCAGAAUCAGUUCCAGGAUAUGCAUUCUCUCCACCCAUCCUACAUGUUUAAUGCACACGAAGUGACCAACGAGUACAAUCUGCUCGGAGAUUUCCUCAGUAACAGUCUUUUGGACGACGGCGCAAUGUUCCAAAAUCCAGAUAUGCAGGGAAUCUACCCCGAUUCAUCAUUGAUGAACUCGAUGAAUGGUAUGGGGAUGCCGAAUGGGUUGCCUCCUCCAGCACAACUUCCGCCGCCAGCACAAAGCCAAGUACCAGGAGACUCGAUUCAACGACCAAUCUCAACGGUCGGCAAUGACAAAGCCCGAGAAACAUACUACAUGACCGCCGCCGACCCGGCAGGAACUGAUCCACCAGAAGAGCGAAUGAACAAGCUUCUUAAAGCGAAAUAUGACGCCGGAUUACUGAAACCAUUCAACUACGUCAAGGGAUAUGCGCGAUUGAACCAGUACAUGGAAAAGAACAUGCAGCAAAUAUCUCGGCAAAAGAUUCUGCGACAGCUCGACAAGUUCCGGCCCAAGUUCCGAGAACGCAUGCAGAGCUUGACUGAUAUCGAAUUGAUUCUGGUGGAGAUGUGGUUCGAGCGGAGUCUGAUGGAGUACGACCGCGUUUUUGCCAGUAUGGCUAUCCCGGCCUGCUGCUGGCGUCGAACGGGCGAGAUCUUCCGAGGGAACAAUGAGAUGGCACAGCUGAUUGACGUUCCGGUUGAGGGUCUGCGAGAUGGUAAACUUGCCAUCCAUGAGAUCAUCGUCGAAGAUCAGCUGGUCAGCUAUUGGGAAAAGUUCGGCGCUAUCGCCUUCGACAAUACCCAAAAGGCCAUGCUCACCAGUUGCACGCUGAAGAGCCCCAACCCUAACUCAACAGGUGAUGGUAUUACCUGCUGCUUCUCUUUUACGAUCAGACGAGAUAACCACAACAUGUAA